AUGAGCAACUACCACCAGUUCCGUGGCACCGAAAGGUCUGCGUUCUCCCGCUGGUCUGCGUUUGUGCCAUCUCACGUGAAUGCUUACUUUCAGGAGGACGCCCAUCAAAAGGAGAUUUCCGACUGGCGCGGUGAGACACCGUGGCCGUGCGGCACAACCGCCGCCGAUGGCGUCACGCGGCUUUGGUUGGGCUUCUGCCGCUUCGUUUGGCAGCUGCCCAUCUCCAAGUUUGACGCUCCAUAUUCGAUGCUCCUCAACAUCAUCGGGGGCGUCCUGCCCGUGGUCUUUUCGUCGCUGAUGUCGUUCACCAUCUUAGCUGUGCAGCAGACGAGCCGGGUUGACGACACGGCGGGCGAUAAUGGCACGCCAUCUCGCAGGCCGGAUCCCACCGUUUGGGGCAGCACGCUGGGCGGCAUCGGAAUCUCAAAUAAUGCAAAGCUGGCCCUCUUGCUGUGCAGCAUGGCGGGCGUCGCCGCGCUGCGGGUACGGCUCGACUGGGAGUACCAGGAAAACUUGCCAAUGAACAAUGUCAAGGCCAACAUACGCACCGUCCUGCAGCGGCAGCUUCUCAAGCUCAAUGCAGAGGCGAAUCAGCGGAAGUUCAGCCGGGAGGACACGAAGACGAAGCGAGCGGCCGCGCGGCUCACGCCCUCGUCGUGUUCUCAGACACUCGACGUCAUGGUCCACGAGACUGUCUUUAACCUCUGGGGCGGCUUGUUCACGCUCGUUCAGUUUCCCACGUCCAUGCUCGCAUCGCUGGUCUCCGGCUACGUGAUGGGGGAUUUCUUUGGCAUCGAGAUCGUCUCCAUCUAUGUGUGCUCCCACCUCGUCGCACUGCUCUCCGCGGCGCUGACCGGCGUGUUUUACCUCUGCCCGCUGCUUGAGCUCUCCAUCCUGAAGACGCAGUGGAACGUCCGUUACGGCUCCCUCGCCGGAGCGCAAAUUGCUCACAUCCAGACAAGGAGGUGCGACACUCCAGAGGAGCGUCAAGCGUUCAGCGAAGCCUACGGACAGGCUGCAUUCGUCUACCAGAAAAGGGCUUUCCAACUCUUUUUCAUGCAGCUGACGAUGCAGGACGUAGUCAGGGCGCUGGACGGACUCGUCCGCCUCAUCGCCUUGUUCAUCUUGGGUAGCCUCGCCAUGGACCCCGGCGCGCAAGUUUCUGCCGGCGUGUUUGCCGCGGGGGCGAGCCUCAUCUUCUCCGGCUUCGGCGAGGCUGAGCGCCUCGCGGGGACCAUGAGUUCCAUCCUCUAUGGCACUGCCGCGCUCGUGUGCUUGUCCGACGUCUUCAAUGAGGGAGCGCGGCCCAUGAAGAAGGCGGCCCUGGUGACGGACGUUAUCUAG